CUCCCGGUCGAGCGCUCGUCGGUUCAGAUGCCUCCCGCUGCUCCGGUUGGACUCCUCGCGCGAGUCGUGUCGCGCUGCUCCCAUUUCGCUUGUAGUUUUCCGCAUUAUUUCCAGGUCAGAGGCGCGCGCUUCCUGAGCGGCGCGUGCGCGUGGACUGAAGAUGGCCGCAGAUGGAGGCGCUCUGAAGGAUAUCAAUGAGAUUAAAUCACAGUUCCGGACCCGCGAGGGAUUCUACAAGCUGCUCACCCUCUCGGACUCUCAGCAGCGGGCCGGGCUUCCGCGGGGCCCCUCGGCGGGCGUCACGGGCGGCGGCGCCGGUGUGGGUCUGGUGCAGGGGCCCGGAGCCGCCGGUAACUCCUCCCCGGGCUUCCUGCCGCCGGUGCGGGUGUCGAUGGUGAAGCUGAAGCCCGAGGACCCCAGCGAGGAAUCGGAGCGAGUGUGCUUCAACAUCGGCAGAGAACUGUACUUCUACACCUACACGAACAUCAAGAAGGCAGUGGAUCUCAGUAAGCCCAUAGACAAGCGCAUCUAUAAGGGAACUCAGCCCACCUGUCAUGACUUUAACCAGUAUUCGGCCACGGCUGACAGCGUGGCUCUGAUCGUGGGAUUCUCUGCAGGACAGGUGCAGUACCUCGACCCCAUCAAGAAGGAGACCAGCAAGCUCUUCAACGAGGAGAGGCUGAUAGACAAAUCAAAGGUGACAUGUCUCAAGUGGCUUCCGAAGUCGGAGAACCUCUUCCUGGCGUCUCACGCGAGCGGUCACCUCUACCUCUAUAACGUGGAGCACCCGUGUGGCACCACCGCGCCGCAGUACUGUCUGCUCCGUCAAGGCGAGGGCUUCGCAGUUUACUCCUGCAAGACCAAGACGCCCCGUAACCCGCUGCUCCGCUGGGCGGUCGGCGAGGGAGGGCUGAACGAAUUCGCCUUCUCGCCCGACGGCGUUCACGUGGCCUGUGUCGGUCAAGAUGGCUGCCUGCGCGUUUUUCACUUCGACUCGAUGGAGCUUCAAGGCGUGAUGAAGAGCUACUUCGGCGGGCUUCUCUGCGUCUCCUGGAGCCCCGAUGGGAAGUAUCUCGCCACCGGUGGAGAAGACGAUUUAGUGACGGUUUGGUCGUUCGCAGAGAGUCGUGUCGUCGCGCGCGGACACGGGCAUAAGUCAUGGGUCAACGUCGUCGCGUUCGACCCGUUCACAACGAAACUGGAGGAUGAGGAGCCGAUGGAGCUCAGCGGCAGCGAGGAGGAUUUCCAGCAGGGGGCGCUGCACUUCGGCCGCGUGCGAACUAGCAGCACGCUCUCGCGACUUUCACGGCACAGCUCCAAAGGCGGCGCUUCGUCUGUGACGUACCGCUUCGGAUCAGUCGGGCAAGACACGCAAUUCUGUUUGUGGGAUCUGACGGACGACAUUCUGUAUCCGCGGCUUCCGCUCUCCCGCGCGAUUACGAACACCUUCGGCCCUACGAUCCCGAGCGGAAGCAGCAUAGUCGAAGGUCACCACCAUCCCUCCAACCCUCAUCAGACGUCAACGCUGCCGCUGCCUUUGCCUCGCUCGCUGUCGCGCUCCAAUUCCCUUCCACAUCCCGCCGUCACAAACACCUCCAAAAGCCAGGGGGCGACAGAGAGCACCGUUACUAGCAGCGUUGGAGUAGGAGGAGGAGGAGCAAUCACUCCGUUUAGCAUCGGACGCUUCGCAACGCUUUCUCUACAAGAACGCAAAACGGACAAAUCCGGGGUGGGAGGGGAAAAGGAGCACAAGCGCUACCACAGCCUCGGGAACAUCAGCAAAAGCAACGAUAAGAUUAACGUGGCGCCGCGCAGCUCCCGGCUAGAUGGCGCUAAAGUGCUAGGAACCACACUGUGUCCGCGGAUGAACGAGGUGCCACUGCUGGAGCCGCUGGUGUGCAAGAAGAUCGCCCACGAGCGGCUGACCGUGCUGGUCUUCAUGAACGACUGCAUCAUCACGGCGUGUCAGGAAGGACUCAUCUGCACUUGGGCCAGACCUGGGAAAGCGCAUGCGUCUCAGCCGCUGUCAGCACAGAAUGGAAACUCUCCGAGUGGGACGGUGGUAUAGCCCAAGCCUCAUUCCCGUGUCUGCAUCCGGAGCAUCACAGCAUCACCAUUCACCCACCCACUUAAUCCUUACCAAAACACACACUUAAGUUGCACAUGAACGCAAAAACACACCCUGGGACCAUGAUGCACCUCUGCGACGCACCUCAGCUCUCUCCUGCAGACAGACUGUGAGACUCUUCUGUGCAGAAACUCUGCUGGCUUCUCUUCUAGAAGAGAUUACUGCAAAAGCCACGGCCAUUUAAUUUCCUAUUUAUUUAUUUGAUCAUCUAGACUUUUACUGUACAUAUUCAGACUACUCUAUAACGGCAGAGGAUGUAUAUUGAAACGAUUAACUCAAAUUAAUAUAUGAAGAUCCUAUAUUGUACAUAGUGACAGAUGCAUUGAAUGUGGAUUGACGAGUUCUUCUUCUAGUGUGCUAGUGCUUUAUUAUUGGCGAACUGGCUGAGAAAGUGCAACCUUUGCUUUGGCAUCUGGCCUGAACUGAGAGUUACGUGCAUUUGAUCAGCCACUAGACUCGAGUUUCCUGCUUCAUAGAUUACAGAUGCUAAUAGAGAGGUGAGGUUAGUGUUGUCUAGAAAUAGUGUCGAAUGGUAGGCCGGGUAUAUGAACCAUAAAAAAAGUGAAAUUUUAUAUAUAUACUAAGUUUUUGGUAAGCGAACAACGUCAACGCUGAAUGAAAACGGAUGUUUGCGGCAUUCUCAUGUGACUGUUUAGAGCUAGACCGAAGUAGAAGCGGAUCUCUUCAAAUUUGCCUUGUGGAUCGCAAGACUGUGGAAGCCCAUUUCUGCCAUGGAAUAGAAAAUAAAAAUGGUUAUUGCUGCUUUUUAUCUAACAAUUUUCUGGCAAUUAUGUAAAAAAAAAAAAAAAAAACGAUUUGUGACAUAUAAAGAAAUAUUCUGUGGAGGAAACAAAAAACGAUCAUUGUAAAUCAUUAUUACAAAAGUCAGAAUUUCAAAAUUGCGAGAUAUAAACUCAGAAUUUAGAAAAAAAAGUAAAAAUUGUGAGAUGAACGCAAAAGUCAAAGUUGUGACACUUAGAGUUCAGAAAAAAAGUUAACAUUUUGAUCAUUUUUAAUCAUGAUUAAAAAAAAAGUCAAAAUUCCGAAAAAAGUCAAUGUUGCGUGAUAUAAACUCACAAUUGCGGAAAAAAAAUGUCUAGAUAUAAACACACAAUUGUAAAAAAGUAUAAAUUGCGAGAUAUAAACCCAGAUUUGUGAAAAAAUUAAAAAAAUUGCUAGAUAUAAAAUCUGAAUUCUGAAAAAAGUUAAAAUUGCGAGAUGAACCCAGAAUUGCAAAAAAAGUCAAAGUUGUGACAAACUUAGAAUUCAGAAAAAAUAUAUAAACACAGAUUUGUGAAAAAUGGAUAAGUUACAUAUUAAAUCAGAAUUCCUGAGAAAAAGAUACAAUUGUGAGAUGAUGUGACCUCAGGAAAGAAAAGUCAAUUCUGAGAAUAAAAGUAGCAAUGACCUUUUUUCAAAUGUUUUAUUCUGUGACAGAAAUAAGCUUCUAUACCAGUCAGAUGUAAUGGAAGGAAGAAACUUCUCUGUCGUUUGAGCAACACAUUUAACUAUUGUAGCAUGGAGUAGGCACUAUUCCUUACACCUGCUAUGCCUCUUGCAAAAUUUUGCACAUUUACAGGUUGAUUUCUCGCUGGAGGGACCAUUUUCAAGGGUCGGGAUCACUGAGAGCCAAUGUGAAGGGUGUUUUUAGGGUCAGUUUGAUUCUUGCCAUAAAGUGCAAAACUGCAUUAAGAAACAUUCCUGUCGAGAGGAAAACAAAAUCAUUGUAUAUCACAUAUACUGUCAGUCAUACUUUUCAAAUUGUAAAAUUCACCAAAACCAGUUUCUCAAGGCAGAUUUGCAAAUGUUUUUUUUUUUUUUUGUGUGUGUUCUUUUGUGAUCCUGACAGUAAACGAACACCGUAAGGAUGGAUUGUUUUCUCGCUAGCUGCUAUUUAAAGCAUCCAAAUAUAGAAACCAACAGCAUUCAGAUUGUUGGAGAAGUUUGUGAUGAACCACAAUUGAGGAUAUUGAGUCUUUCUAGAAGUCUGCCAGAGAUAACACUACAUAAAUAAGUCUUUGGGGUCAUUGGUCAAUGUUUUGAAUGUGGUAAACUGGGCUACUUUAGUGAUCCUGACAUGGACGAGGCAGAACUUUGCUUGUAUUUUAGACCAAGCCAGUGAACUCGUAUACGAUCAUUCCCACAGAAGUACAGAACACUACUUGAUAAAAACAGUAUUUUAGCCCUGACGGUAUGUAUGCUUAACACUUGGUUCUCAUUUUUUAUGUCUUUUUGUAACUUUGUGUUUUUUUUGUUGGCUUGUUUUUUUUUAAUCUCUGAUAUUUCGGGAUUUAUGUUUUGUAUGACUAUAGCAUUGUGUUUGUCUUUGCUGUUAACUGGAGAAAUGCAAAUGGACCAAUUAGUGGAUGUUUUGUGUAUUUUUAUUGUGCAGUUUUUAAACUACUGCUUCCAUCCAUUAGGGGAUUUGUUUUUUUUUUACUUGUUUUCUUUUCUCUCAUGUUUUUUUUUUUUUUUUUUUUUUUGCAAAUGCAUUCAGUUCUAAAGGAUGUUUUGUCUUACUGUAGGGUGUGUAUCCUAACAGAUGACGGCACCCAUCUGCCUACACUGAACUGUAAGAGCGUCAUCGGCGUAUGAAAAUGGAUGAUUUUGGUGUAACCUCCAUUCCUCCACACUGCUUUACUUUAAAAUCGAUUAUCUUCCACUGCAUGUGUUUUCAUUUAUCACACGGUUAUAUGCCCGAGUCUGGUUAUAUGGCUAACAAUAUCACAAUAUCAAGUUUGUAUAUGGGAAUCUGUUAUUAAAACCUCAAAUACUCAUG